CGCGAACUUAUUCCGGAAUCUUUCCUGUAUAGUUGGAGGAGGUACAUGAUUGGGGAUUAAUUACUUACGAGGACAUUCAUGGGCCAAAUUAGCCACAGUGGUGGAUGACUAAAGGCGGUGAGCUCCAAUCAUCUCGCCUCACAAAGUGACCUUGCAACCUCCCUCCAACCACCUCUCAAGCUCUCUCACACGACAUACCAUCUACCGCGUUCCUCCAGUCCGUACCAAUACAUACAACAAACCGACCCUUACACUCAAUACCCCAAUCUAUACUACUACCACACCUCACCUAACCUAUCUCCAACAUGGUUUUCGGCAAAGUCGCUCACUACGCCUUCGAUGCGGUUUUAAUCUCCGUCUGCCUCGCUGGAGUGCGUCGCUCCACCGGCCUCACUCCCAGUGUCAAACCAGAGAACUUUUCAGAAACACCCGGCGUCAAGAAGUGGAUCGACAACUACCUCUGGGUCGGCGAGUGGGCCAUGGACCAGAGCGUCGCCAUCGCCUCCACCUCCUCGUACUUCGAGCGAAAGCGCUGAACGGCGGAUCAAUGAUGUCGAACCCUGAGC